AUGAGGGAAAACAUGAGUAUAAUUUCGUGGCUGCUUCUGAUCCUCGGAAUUUUGGAGUCGUUCGCCGCAGAAUGGAACACAAAGGAUUACCAGAAACGAGAACAUUCUUUGAUCAAACCGUAUCAAGGGACAGGUAUGACAAUGCCUUAUUGGGACUUUAUGGGAAGUACAAUGGUAACUAAUAAUUACAUUAGGAUAACACCUGAUUUACAAAGCAAACAAGGUGCCUUAUGGAAUUCUGUACCAUGUCAUGUACGAAACUGGGAAUUGCAAGUUGAGUUUAAAGUACAUGGAAAAGGAAAGGACUUAUUUGGAGAUGGUUUUGCAAUUUGGUAUACCAAGGAAAGAAUGAAAACAGGUCCAGUAUUUGGAAAUCAAGAUUAUUUUCAAGGAUUAGCAAUAAUACUUGAUACAUACAGCAAUCAUAAUGGUGCACAUAACCAUCAACAUCCUUAUAUCUCAGCAAUGGUCAAUAAUGGAUCUUUACAUUAUGAUCACGAUCGUGAUGGAACUCAUACACAACUCGCAGGGUGUGAAGCAAAGUUUAGAAAUUUAGAACAUGGUACACAUAUAGCUGUAAGAUACGAGAAAGAUACCUUAACUGUUUCAACGGAUAUUGCCAAUAAACUAGGAUGGAAGCAAUGCUUUCAAGUGAAUGAAGUUAAACUUCCAACGGGAUAUUAUAUCGGAAUUUCCGCAACCACUGGUGAUUUGUCUGACAAUCAUGAUAUACUUUCAAUUCGUUUCUAUGAAUUAGACCUACCAGAUGAUUCUAAAGAUCAAGAAGACAGAUCUCAAAUUGUGCCAUCAGCAGCAUUCUACGAUGCACCAAGAGAACGUAUAGAAGAUGUAAAACAUUCUGGUAUGAGUGGUAUAAAACUUUUCCUACUGAUGCUAGUUGGUGCACUUGCAUUAAUAGCCUGUGUUGUCAUUGCCAUUAUGCUAUAUCAAAAACAUCAGGAAAAUAGUAGGAAGCGUUUUUACUAGGUUAGAUUUUUUUUAAAUGGUGUGUAUGUCUUGACCGUCGCAAUUUACCAAUUUCUCUUUUAUCCGGAAUUCUUUGUAUAUAUAAAAUAUAUAGAUUAUAACAUGCU